UCCAAGCAUUCACUGUCUACAGAACUACCUUUGGAUGUCAAGGCUCAGACUCAGAAAAUGAGAUACAAGACUUCCUUGGUGAUGAGGAAACGAUUGCGGCUUUACAGAAACACCUUGAAAGAAUCAAGUAGCAGCUGUGGACACCAUGGGCCCCAGUUCGCCGCUGCUUCGAACCCCUCGGUAUUUCCGGGCCUUCAUGAGCAGCCUCCUCAGGCCUCCCACAGCCGUCCUUUGAACGGACUCCUGCGUCUGGGGCUCCCUGGAGACAUGUAUGCGAGGUCGGAACCCUUUGCACCGGGGCCUACGGACCGCAGCGACACUUUGGCAACAGCCACAGCCCUGCACGGCUAUGGCGGCAUGAACCUGACGGUGAACCUCGCCGCAUCCCAUGGCCCGGGAGCCUUUUUCCGCUAUAUGCGCCAGCCCAUCAAACAGGAGCUCAUCUGCAAGUGGCUAGGCGAUGACGGCCCAGUUUCCCCGCGCCCCUGCUCCAAAACUUUCAGCACCAUGCACGAGUUGGUCACGCACGUCACCGUGGAGCACGUCGGUGGCCCAGAGCAGGCUAACCACAUUUGCUUCUGGGAGGAAUGUCCGCGACAGGGCAAGCCCUUCAAAGCCAAAUACAAACUUGUAAAUCACAUCCGCGUGCAUACGGGCGAGAAGCCCUUCCCUUGUCCUUUCCCAGGGUGUGGGAAAGUCUUUGCUAGAUCAGAAAAUCUCAAAAUACACAAACGAACACAUACAGGAGAGAAGCCCUUCAGAUGUGAGUUCGAGGGCUGUGAGCGGCGUUUCGCCAACAGCAGCGACCGCAAGAAGCAUUCGCAUGUACACACAAGCGACAAGCCUUAUAUGUGCAAGGUGCGCGGGUGUGACAAGUGCUACACACACCCCAGCUCUCUGCGAAAGCACAUGAAAGUUCAUGGUCGCUCGCCGCCACCCAGCUCUGGUUACGACUCAGCAAUACCGUGUGCCCUCACGUCUUCCUCGUUAGAAAGCGGCCACGAGCCCCCGGUAGCCUGCACAGCAGCGGUGGCGGUGCGUGGCACAGAGAUGAACGAAUGGUACGUGUAUGUUGCUUGCAAGGUAAUCUUGCCCUGCGCAGCUGAGCGCCGGCAUCUUGCGCCUGCGACAUCAAAGGGCUCUCUCACAAAGCAGUGUUUCUUCGCCACGGUGCAUCUUCAUGGGGGCUUUGCUAUCCGGGAUUCUUUCAAGAAAAGGGAGGAGGAGCCGAACUUCGAGCAUCUUGACAACGCCCAUAGGCCCCCAGAGUCAGAGGAAGUCUAG